AUGGGUAUUGGUGUCGUCGUUCGAAAUCACAGUGGGGACCUACUUGUUGCUUGCAACAAAGUGUUUCCUGGUAUUCCUGAACCAGAGCUUGCUGAGGCUCUUGCCAUUCGGCACGCCUUGAACAUCUGCCAAGCUGAAGGCUUCAUGCAUAUCAGUCUAGUGUCAGAUUGCCUCUCUAUGGUGAACAAGAUCAGGUCUCCUGGCCAAGAUCGUUCGAGUGUGGGCGCCGUUGUCUCCGACAUCAAGUCUCUGGUUAGUUUUACCCACUGUACUUUCUCACAUGUCAAGCGUGGACUGAAUGUAGCGGCACAUAAACUAGCACGGAGCUGUGAGCUAGCUGUAAACUGCUUUUACCGUGGUGUGGCUCCGGAUUGCAUCCGGGACGAACUGUAUUCUGAUGUUCCUUAA